AGGUGAAAGAGGAGCCUUCCGCUAAGAGGGAGCAUCAGAAAAAUUCAUAAUUUAAAGUUUUCAGAGACAGAGAAAAGGAGAACUCGGUGUACUCCUUGCUAUCUCCUGUUGUCCUUUGGACAUGUCACCAGCAAAGAGUGCCAUUUAAAGUUUUGGCAACUGAAACUAUAAGUCACAAGGCAUUAGAGGCAGAUAUAUACAGUGCAAUCCCAACAGAAAAAGUGGAUGGAACAUGUUGUUAUGUUACUACCUACAAAGCACCUGCCGCACGCUUUCCUGGGCCAGGGAUCGAACCAGUGUGCCACAGCCGCAACCCGAGCUGCUGCAGUGACACCGCCAGGUCCGCAGAACCCGCUGCUCCACAAGCACUCCAUCACCCCCAUGAUCCUUCAAGCCGACUUCGGUCUUAGGACGUCAGGUCAGCCAUACCUUUGGGCUCGGCUAGAUAGAAAACCUAACAAACUAGCUGAGAAAAGAUUUAAAAAUUUUCUACAUUCAAAACAAAACUCAAAAGAGUUUUUUUGGAAUGUUGAGGAGGACUUCAAACCUGUUCCAGAGUGCUGGAUACCAGCAAAGGAUACAGAGCAAUUAAAUGGAAGUCCGAUGCCUGAUGAAAAUGGCCACAUUCCUGGUUGGGUCCCAGUGGAGAAAAACAACAAACAGUAUUGCUGGCAUUCCUCUGUAGUUAAUUAUGAAUUUGAAAUCGCCCUGGUGCUGAAGCAUCAUUCUGAUGAUCCUGGUCUUUUGGAAAUUAGUGCAGUGCCACUCUCAGAUCUCUUAGAACAAACGCUGGAGCUUAUAGGAACCAAUAUUAAUGGAAACCCAUAUGGGUUAGGAAGCAAGAAGCAUCCAUUACAUCUUCUUAUACCACAUGGAGCGUUUCAGAUAAGAAAUCUGCCUACCUUGAAGCACAAUGAUCUAUUGUCCUGGUUUGAAGGUUGCAGAGAGGGUAAAAUUGAAGGAAUAGUAUGGCAUUGCAAUGAUGGCUGUUUAAUCAAGGUCCAUCGCCAUCACCUGGGUUUAUGCUGGCCAAUCCCAGAUGCUUACCUGAAUUCAAAACCAGUUACUGUCAAUAUGAAUCUGAACAAAUAUGAGUAUGCCUUUGAUGCUAAGUGCUUAUUUAAUUAUUUUUCAAAAAUAGAUAAUCAGAAAUUUAGUAGGCUUAAAGAUAUAGUAUUCAGUGUAUAAACCGGAAAUGCAAUUAAAAACCUCUUCAUUGUUGUUA